AUGGACGGUCUGGCAAUCGUAUCUGCCGGCGGGGCCACGCCCGUCUCGCCCGCAAGUCCCACGAACGCCCGCCAUGCUCCCAACGGACCUCCCAAGAGGAAGCACAGCAGCAUGGCCUUGGAUAGUAGCCCGGGCAGCAAUGUAGGUCACGACGACGAGAAUGGCGAUCAAGAUUCUAAGAAACGCCAGCCCGGCGUGAAACGCGCUUGCAACGAGUGCCGACAACAGAAAAGUUGUUCCCGGUGCAAUCGUCUCAAGCUCGAAUGCAAGAUUGAGUCAAACUUUAAGCGCAUUGGCAAGCGCUCGAAGCACGCCGAGAUGGAGAAGGAGAUCGAUAGGUUACGUCGCAAUAUUGCACGCGCCCAAAACCAGGGCUAUACCGUCGAGGACGAUGAUCACGACCUACAAUCUCCAAUCGCAACGAGCGUGUAUACCCAUACCCGCAACCCCUCUCUCAUGGGCUCUGAUGAGGCUGUAUCCUCGUUGCUGCAUCUCAAGAGGGGCGGGUCGUACAGUCUGCCGCGCUACACACACGAGCUGGAGAAUGUUCGUCUGACCGAAGAGUCAGUGAACCAGCUGUUCAACGAGUUCUUCGCAUACUAUCAUCCUUUCCUCCCAUUCCUCAACCCCCAGCAGACACCCGACCAGUACUUUCAACAACACGCUCUGCUCUUUUGGUCCAUCAUCUCGGUUGCUGCUCGUCGAUACAGCGCAGACCCUACGCUGUUGACCUCAAUAUCAGGGCCUUUGACAAGGUUGUUAUGGUCAACCAUUGGAGAUGUUCCCAGCAGCUACUUCGUUGUCAAGGCUCUGUGUCUGCUGUGCACAUGGCCUCUGCCGACCAGCACGACAAGUGCUGAUCCAACGCACAUUCUGUGUGGUGUCAUGAUGAAGGUUGCGACAGGCAUUGGUCUUCACAGGCCUAACCACAGCCAAGACUUUUCCAGGGUAUCCGUUGAUCUUAACAAAGAGCAACUGCAUGAUCGGGUAACAACUUGGGCUGUCUGCAACAUUGUCGCUCAAACCAUCGGUACUGGCUAUGGUCAACCGGCCUCGACCCUCUACGAUUGGACUCUGGCAGUUCGUCGGGGCGAGGACGGCCCUUUUCGUUUGACCCCUGAAUUGGAGGCCAGGCUUCAAAUCGAACGGUUCUGCGAUAAGGUCUCCAAGGAGAUGUACAGCAAUGCCAGUGAUCCUCGAGGAGUCGCUGGGGAUGAGCAUCGAGCCAUGUUGAUGCGGGUGUACCGGAAGGAUUUCAACGAACUUCAGGCGGCCAUCCUCUCACAACACUUAGGGCCAAUCGUCAACCUCCAUAUGCGAGCCGCCGCCCUUCACUUACGCUUGGCUGGCUUCUUUGAUUCGAGCACAACACCUGGCUAUAUUGACGAUCUAAUGGGGCUCUGGAGAGCCACGACGAGUUUUCUGGAUAAUAUUCUCGAGGUCGACAAGGUCACAUCACCCGGACAGAACUCACCCGGGCAGAUCCUGCUAUAUGCGACAAACUAUAUCCAACAGAUGUUGAUUGCGGCAGGGUUUGCUCUGCUCAAACUCAUGCGGUCAUUUUUUGCAAAAACGAUCGACUUUGAUCGUGGCCGCAACCUCUUCCAUCAGACGAUCAAUGCUAUUCGCGCGACAAGCGUUGUAAACAACGACCUCCAGUGGCGCUUGGCCGAGUUGAUGGUGCAAAUGUGGAACGGUGCCCGGCUCGACAAUAACAGCACGGCAUCUUUCGAUAACGACGACUCUCCACUGCACAUUGACGACUCGUUGCAGCUGAAGGUGCGCUGUCGUCACAGCAUGAGUCUCGUGUUCGACUCUGUCUGGCGAUGGAGAGAAGAGUAUCAGGCCCAAGGCAGAGGCUCGAUUGAUGACUCAGCGAACGAGUCCUCAGCGUCGUCAACCCAUUUGGACAGCACACUUAUGCCGGCCACCCAAGGAUUACAAGCGAACAGCUUGCUCACCACCAACGGAGCCCUUACCCCAAGCCAUUCUGGCGGGAUCGGCAGCCAAGCACCCAGCAACAGCAUGCUGAGCGGCAUCAAUUAUGGCGAGACCAAUUACGACUUCUUCGACCCGCAGCACUGGAUGUUGGAUGGCCUCCUAGACUUCAACUACAACUUUGUGCAGCCUCUAGAGGGCGCAUAG